AUGAUCCGCAUCCACCCCGACCUACGUCGAAGAAUCGCAUCGGAGAGGCACGACGUCCUCUACCGACGUCCUCUACCGACAACCUCUACCGACAAGGACCCAGCCCUUUCCAUGCCGCUCCAUCAAGACGGACGGAAGGCAUGGACGGGCGAUGGGCCUCGUCGCCAUCCAUCAAUCGACGCUACCUCGUUGCAUCCCACCUUGGACCGCAUCGCAGCAUUCGUACUCGGGGCGCCGCAUGGAUAUCCCGACCCAAAGCAGAGGAAUUCCUGGGCGUCUGGUAUGUUGUCCUCGGGACGUGCCGUGCGAGGAGGCGCCGGGGGAGGGGGCGCCGAGAGAAGGCGAAAUGCCAACGUGAGACAGGGCUAUAAUGACCGAAUGGGUACGACAAAGAUCACAAUGGAUACGACAAAGACCAUCAUACGACAAUCAUAUUGGCAAGACAAAGAUCAUAAUGGUUACGACAAGGAUCACAAUGGUUACGACAAAGAUCGCAACGGUUACGACAAAGAUCACAUUGGUUACGACAAGGAUCAUAAUGUAUACGACAAAGAUCACAUUGGUUACGACAAGGAUCAUAAUGGAUACGACAAUGGAACAAGCAUAGCGGUUGCCGGCGGCAGCAAUAAUAAUGUCUUUCACGUCCUCCAUCUACACGAGGCAACAAUUAGUACCACCAAAGCCCUCCCUCGACGAGGCACACACCACGAAUGA